AUGAACAUAAACCCGAGCCACGGUCAGCAGGACGGCUCUAAACAACAAGUGCAACAGCAGAAACAAGAGUCAAAACUCUUUAGGUCUGAAACGAUGACUCUGCCCACAACUGCAACGGCGGCUACGAACUUCAAUAAAGACUCGACAGCAGCUACAGCAGCAGCAGAUGAUAACAAUCAAAUGGGACUUAAAAGCAGGAAAAUUGCAUUCACCGAUUACAUGAUAAACAGUAACAAAAUGAGGACCACCACAAUUGCAAUGAUUAACAACUUAUCGUCCAUUCGCCGGCGUGACCUCUCGUGCCAGCCGCAGAUGACCACAACCACGGCAACGGCAUUUCUUGCUGCUGCCGCGACGACUGCAGCCAGUAAACAACAGCAAAAACGACAGCGUUCCUUAGCACAGCCACCAAAACCACCGAUUACCACAGCUUCGUACAAAAUGACGGCUUCAACCACAGAACAGUCCACAAAUCCUGGCGUUGUGAAGUAUGACUCAAAGAAGUUAUCCAACUCGAUAAACUGCCUGGCCAACACCAGGAAAAGAUCAGGGUCUACCCAGGUCGGCGGUGGGUUUCAGUUAGGGAUGGGGUCCGUGAAGCUGGGCAGGCGGACGGGGAGUAUUGGGUUCCGAUUGAACACGCAGCAGCAGCACCAGCAACAGGUAGAUGCUUUUAGGGGUGACAUCGAUAAUAAUAAUUACUGUGAGGGCUCUGUCGGGGAUAGGAGUAAAACUGGCUGUAAGAAAAAUACUAAAGCUACUAUUACUACUACUACAGCUGCUGCUGCUGCUACUACUUAUGCUGCUAAGAGAAAUACUAUGAACGAUGAUGCAAAUUGUGACGCAGUUAACGAUGGGGGCCUGGUUGCAGAUGUUGCAGAUGACGUAAUGAGUAUCAAUUAUGACGGCAGUACUGAUGACGAUCGAAGCAAAGUUAAGAGGAGUCAGAAAAGUAUUACAAGAGGCAAUGAUAAUGAUGAUGGUGAUGAUAAUGAAGGAGGUGAUCAUCAUCAUUAUCAUCAUUCUCGUCAGCAGCAGCAGCAGCAACAGCAGCAUCAGCAGCCUCACGUAGAAAGGCCAAAAGAGCGCAAACAGCAGCAGCAACAGCCACUUAAUAAACAACAAUCGAAACACCAGCGUACUAAGAAUACCACCACACCCCUCUAUCCCCCCCAAAACAAACUGCCCCUCAACCGCGCUUCGACACCCGUUACAACGACGACAACACCGACGACUGCCAACAACAAUAGCAGAUAUAAAUCACUGAGAAAGUCUCUGCCGAACCGCAACAACAACAACAGUUACAAUAAUAACUACAACAACAGCAGCAGCAACGCGAGUAGAAACACCACGCCGGCUUUCUACUCGACGAGCACAACUCCAACGACCACCCCAAUAGGCGGGGGGUCUGGCGCUACGACCAUGAAGAGGAGGACCCGGAGUACCUUGCCCAACUACACUAGCGCCACUGUUUCGUUUCAGAUUAGGGUAGAUAGGGUUUUGAAUGGCUUGGUAGGUGGGUUUGGAGGUGCAUUUGGGGGGGCCAAUGGGGGCGGUCCUGGGACUUUCGGAGGGAAGAUUAGGGAUGAGUUCGGAUCUCACGGGCGAGUUAUGUGUCCGAGAUUUAGAUCAGUUUCACCGACGACAGCUAAAAACCGUGCCAAAAGUGCUGGCAACAUGAGACGCAGUCGUAUAGACAACAGUACCACCACUAACAUCAACACCACACCAGCAGCAGCUGCUGUUGCUACAACGGUUGCAGCAACAUCUCAACAACAAAAUGUGGCUGCUAAAAAUGGCAGCAUUGCUGCUGAGAAGUUUAAGUCUUCGUAUGCUAAAGAUAAAAUCAACAACCUCAAAACAUCAACAACAACAGCAAGAAAAAGUACUACAACAUCAACAAACAUCAUGGCUAAAUCCAUUGACCCAGCUAACUUAGCUAGUCUUUUGAAAAGUAGUGGCAGUGGUAACUUUGUCGGCGUCUCAGCUGUGUUAAAGGCUAACAAGAAAUCUGUCGAUGGUGGUAAAGUGAAUGGAGUAGCUAGUGGUGGAUUCAAGGGACCUAUCAAGGCCAACCCAACAGCCAUGAAGGCAGCCUCAUCAACGACAUCGUCGACAGCUGCAAUUAAGAAGCCGUCAGAACUCCCUCAGAACAUCCAGCCCCCAAACACACCGAUGCCGCUCGAUGAGACACGACAGCAACAAUCAUCACAGCAUCAAUCAUCGUCCUCCCAGAAAUCAUCGCCGUCGUCGCCGCUGUCGGAUAAGGCAGGCGUAGUAGCAGCAGCAGCGGCAGCAGCAACAUCAUCGGCAACCAGCAGCCAAACUGAAGGAAUAAAAUUAAUAUCUACUAAUUCAGUUAUCAGUCAGAAGAAGUUACAGAAACAUCAACAGUCUCAACAAGCUGCUAACGAACCUACUACAACUUCCUCUACUACGGACGACAAUACUACCACCACCACCACCAUCACUACUACUACUACUACUACUACUACUACUACUACUACUGCUACUUCGACCAAUAGCAGGAAAUCAAAAGGACAAUCUAAAAAUGAUGAUACAUCAGCAGCAGCAACAUCCUCGAUGACAGCUGCGAUUUCAUCGGCAGCAGCAACAGCAGCUGCCACAAACGCUGGCAGCAAACAGCAGCAGAUGAGUAAGGUUGAAGAGCAUCAAAAAAGGCUGGCCGAGAACAGGAGGUUGGCCAGGGAGAAAGCUGAGAGAGAGGCAGAAGAGGAGAGGCUCAUGCUGGAGAAGAUGAAGUGA